AGGCUCACAGUUUAAAUUCUGUACGUCUCACUGCUUUGACGAGCACAAUGUGAGAGAGAGAGCAAGUUUGUCUACAAGUGUGGAAAAAAUCAUGUGUGUAGAGUAUAAAUUGUAGCCGGGUUGAGCGUGAAAAAAGAAAAGUUUCAGACAAUUUCAGACAACUUCCCCCACUCUAAGUGAUGAUGUCACCACUCUGGCACAAACAUUCCGCGCAAUACACACCCAUUAUAAUCUCAUAACUUCUCCAAAUGAUCAGGGUCAUUGAACAGUGAUUGAUCAAAAACUAUAUCAUCAGUGUGGUGCUUAAGAAACUUCUACCCAAGUCACUUUUUUGAUGGAGUACUUGAAACCGAAACAUUGAGAUUGUGGAAGUAAUUGCAGUUGGUGUGGUUCAACAUUUAUCAGCACACUUCAGUGUCUCUGCCUUCUCUGCCGGCCUAAACCUCAUCAAAAUCGCUGACUUACAUUUAUCCAUCGUCAUAUUUCAGCCAAAGUCAAAGGUAUCUGCCUGGACCUUAAUGACUGAACCUAAAACACAUCGUUGUUCCUUUAACCAGUCAUAUUUCCAGUUGGUAUUUUUAUUCCUUCUCUGUGAUCUACGGACGUCAUUGGACGUCAGAGAACCGGUGUGUUUAAACCAAGCUAGCAGGACAUGUUCAUUUGUUGAGAGCUGCACAAGCAAAUCAUCCCCAUUAACAUUUUGAUAUUUGUUGAAGCUACGAUGGAGGCAAGAGGAGAGGCCAUUGAUUUGGUUGUAGAUCUUCUUAAAAAGACAUUUUCAUGGUGGACUUGGAAAAGCUGGAUAUUGUGGGGUAUUCCUGGUCCUAGCUAACCUGACCCAGCCUGGGAAACAUUCAGAUCAUCAAUAUGGGCAAUAUGAGGACUCUGAAUAGUUUCUUAAGCUCAGGUGAGUAAAAUGAUUAAUAUUUACAUCUUUUAUGUAUAUUUUUUACCAUUUUCUUGGGUCAACAUUGAUGCUUCGGCUGGAUUUAACAUAUGGUGUUGGUGGCUGCAGUGAGACUUUUUGAAAUGUUCUUUCUCAUUAUAUUUGUAUUUUAAUUAGCACAACAAUAGUUAGGAGUCCUGUCCUCACGUUACCUCAGGAGUAUGUGUUCAUGCAUAGAUCUUGUUGAACUUUAAUUUGAAGUUUCAGAAAAAAAAACGGCUAAAAAUAUCUGCAUUAAAUAGUGUAGUUAGUUACAGUUGGUCUAAGCGAGAGACAUUCGGAUUGGAUAAAUGUGUUCAGAUGAUAACGAGAUGUGUAGGAGACAACUACAAGUACUGAGGCUGCUGAGAUAAGUUUUAAUAUUCUUUGUUUACUCUACAAUCACAAGCUCGUCUUGUCAAAUUUGAAUUUAUGAAACAAUCAUAAAUAAGGAAGCGACAAAAGGAGAAGCAGGAAAAAAGAUGAUGUGUGCAGUUUGUUGUCUGUCUGAAAAAGAAGUGGUUCGACCACCUGAUGACGUCUUCGUCUCUGCCAGUAACAUGUACUGGCUGCUUACAUUGCAUUUGUGAAGGACUGUUGUACUAUUCAAACAGUGAACCACCAACUGCUUCUAUUUGUUGCGGUUGUCUUCUUUAAUCUAGUUCUCUCUUUCUUAGUUCCUUAUUUCUAAAAAAGAAAGUUCAAUAAAGCCGUAAGAUGAGUUUCUGUGUGUGACUAGACUCUGCUGGUAAUAGAUGUUUGGUUGUGUCGUCUCCUUGUGUGUCUCUGGUCUGUGCAGUAACCUGAAGUUCUAAAUCAUCUGCAGAAACACCUGAAUGAUCGUUUAGUGAUAAAGGGAAGUUUGGAAUAGUGUGGGUGUUUAUGUGAAACCAGGUUGACUUCCUCUCUGCUGCCAUUCAACAAGCAACAACGAGCAGACUUCAUUCACUCGCUCCUUCAUCACUGUGCGAAUCACCAACAAUCGCCAUGGCAAUGGAUACUAACACGUCAUCAAAAUUCAGAAGCAUCAUCCCAAAAUGUGACGUGAUCCAAGAAGGAUCUCCUUCCUGCUUCAAGCUGACAACAAAGACAGAGACUGUUGGGACUUUAAGAAGAGUGACCUUUGGUAGAAGAAAUGUGGACUUGCCCAAUAAAACCAUCUUACUUGUUGGUGAAACAGGAGCAGGAAAAUCUACUCUGGUCAACUUUCUGGUGAACUACACCAUGGGAGUGAAGUUUGAGGAUGACGUCUGGUUCCACAUCCUGGAGGAGGAGGAGGAGAAAAAAAAUCAGUCAGAAAGUCAGACAACAGAUGUGAUUGUGUACAAGAUCUUUGGUUUUGAGGGUCAAACUCUGCCCUACUCUCUGACCAUCAUCGAUACUCCUGGAUAUGGAAGCACCGAAACAAUCGAACAUGAUGUCGUUGUUAGUCAAAGAUUGUUUGACUGGUUUCGGUCGGAGGAUGGAGUUCAUGAAGUGGAUGUUGUGGGUGUGGUGAUGAAGGCCAGCGAGAAUCGACUCAGUGACCGACUGUCAUACGUCUUUGAUUCAGUGAUGUCUCUGUUUGGAAAAGACCUGGAGAAAAACAUCGUAGCUCUUAUGACACAUUCAGACGGGAUAACACCUAUAGAUACCCUUGAAGCCCUUAGAGUCGCAAAUAUUAAAUGUGCCAAAAAUGAGGAGGGACACCUCGUUCACUUCCUGUUCAACAACCGCCAGCAUCAAGACCGAUCACAGCAAACACAGAAACUAGAAGAUGCACAUCAAAUAUCGGUUGAAGGAAUGGAGGGACUCAUUGCUUUCAUGGAAAAAACUGCUCCUCAGAAACUGGAGGAAACUUUGUCUGUUCUGAAAGAACGCAUAAGACUGACGGCCUCCAUCCAAAACCUGAACGACAGAAUUCACAUGACUGAACUGAAGCAGAGAGAGCUCAGACAGACCGAAGAAGCUCUGAAGAAACAUGAACGAGAAAUGAAGAUGAAUGAAGAGUUCACUAUAGAAGUUGAUGAGCCCUACACAGAAAAAGAAGCUACUGGUGGCAGGAUGUGGGGACUGUUCUUCUUUGAAGGAGCUGUCCGUUGCACACAUUGUGAGGAGAACUGUCACUAUCCUGGAUGCACAGUGGCCUGGAAACCUGAAUACUGUGAGGUGAUGAAGAACGACCGCUGUACGGUUUGUAGCAGGAACUGUCUGGCAUCAGCUCACGUCAAAGACAAAUGGGUCUAUGUGAAAAAGACACGGAAGGUCACAAAAACAGUGGAAGAAGUGAAAAUGAGGUAUGAAAGCAACAAAGCAGAAGCUGCAAAGAAAACCAGUAUUUUGGAAGGACUUCAACAAGAAAUAGAAAAUCUUGAAAAAGAUAAAGAGAAGUGGCUGGAGGAGGCCUACCGACACGUUGAAAGACUUAAACUCAUCGCCCUGAAUGUUGAUUCAGUGUCCACUUAUGUCCACUAUGACUUCCUCAUGGAGAGGAUGAAAAUAAAAGGAGACACAGAGAAGUUUCAGAGGUUGAAAGAAAUGGCUCAACAAACCAACAAACACCUCCAGAGUGGGAUCCAGUACGCUGCAAGAAUGUGGAAAAAGUUGACAAAAAGCGAGGUUGAAAUGAGGGGCACUGAAGUCUAGACUCAGAUUAAUCUGCAGUUUAUUCAGUUUGUUAUAGGAUUAUACUAGUUUGAACCUACAGACAAUGUUAAGUGUUGGUUCAGAUUAAAUGUGUUAACCCUCAAUGAACAUAAUCAUUUCGCAUGUUUUUGUAAAUAUGUUCAAAGUUUUGUUUCAUGAAUCAUUUGAAAUGAGCAGGUUGAUGUUUCUGUCUUCACUGAAUGAAAAUCAUCUGUAAUUUGUUUUACAAUAACGUUACAGAUCAAUAGUUUAUUGUUACUAUUAAUUCAGCUUCAAACAUUUUGUAAAUAACUUGUGCAUUCCUGAUUAUCUUUCAUCAAGUUGAUUAAUUUUUGUUACUGAGCAGAUGAGAAUGAAGCUUAAGAAGUGUUUCAUGAUUGUUGAACCGACCUGUCUUUGAUUUAAAACCUCAGAUUUCUGUCAAGUUCUGACAAAAUAAAUUAACAGUAGUUUGUGAACA